AUGACCCAACGAUACCCUCCUGUCAAUGGGUCCAUCAAUUCGACUUGGUUUGAUCCAGAAUUCUUGCAAAAUGCCUCUAGCGAGUUUUUGACCUCUGUGGCUGCUCAGUUUGCUUCCCAGUAUCUAAGAAGAGAUACCAAUAACACUGUUCUUGGAACUGCGGAAGUGAUUGAACCGAGAUUGGUAGUGCUGUCAGCCGUCUUCUAUCCCGUUGACGCAUUAUUGGGGCUUUUUACCCUUGCCGCCCUCGCACUCGCAUGGCCAGCAUCCAAAAGCGUUACACCUGUAGAUCCAGCUUCCAUUGCUGGGACGACUGCCUAG